ACCUAUGAUUUAAUUAAAGUCUCUUCCUUCCAUGAAUCGAAAGCACUAGAAUGAAUAAAUCAAUGAUAAAUCCAAAGAAAUGGUACUAUAUUAGUAAACAAACCAUCCCAAUCAAAGUAUCCAAGUACAAAUUUGGUGAAUUUAUAUCUACCCAAUUGCAAUUCUCCAUACAAUUAUAUAUAUAUUUGAAAAAAAAUUAAAAUUAAAUUCAUAUAUAAUUAAUUAAUUAAGCUCUUGUUUAGUUUAAAUUUAUUAUCUUUUUCAAGAAAUUAAGUAAAAUAUAUAAAAUUAGAAGAGCUCGUGUCACUUCUUCAAUCGUUAGAUUACAAACGUAUAGGGAUUGAACCCAACUUUUUUUCACUUCCCUCUUUGAAUUUGCAGUUUAUACUUUAAUCGAAUGGACAACAUUUGUGCCACGAAGGUUGUCCAAACAAAAAGUCCUAUUAAAACCCAUGUGUUAAAAAAAUUAUUUAAUUAAUAGUUGGAAUUAAAAUAUAAAGAGAAUGUCUUUCAUGGUUAGAGGUAUAUAUAUGUGUGUGUAUGGUAAUGGGGGAGAAAUGUGAUAUAGGGAUCAGAGAUUUAGGAAGAUAAAGAAGAAAAACAAAUACAAAGAUAUAAAAGGCUGUGUUUGGGAACUUGAACCUGUAGAAAUUAACCUUGCUCAAGCUUCAGCUCUAUAGACUAUUAGCUGGUGGCUCCAUCAAAUUCAUCAAAAUCCCAUCUUUGUUUUGAUUUUUCCAAAGUUAGAAAUCAUUCUCAUCACGCCAUCUUUAUUUUGCCACCAUUUUUACACUCAGUGCAGCUGCUUAAAGCUCUCAUAUUUCUGCACCAUCCAAGAUGAAGCUUUUCAGUUGGAUGCAAAAUAAGCUCAACGGGAAUAAACAAGGGGUCAAUGGAAAACCAAAUGCUGCUUCAUCUACUUAUAAUGUGAAACAAGAUUCUCGAGAGGAAUUCAGUGAUUGGCCUCAUGGAUUGCUUGCAAUUGGAACUUUUGGCAACAAUGAAUUAAGAUCAGAAAAUGUUGAAAUCCAAGAUGUUCAAGAAGAAGAAGAGGACCCAUCUUCCUCAGAGGAUUUACAAGAUUUCACAGCUGAAGAGAUCGGAAAAUUACAGAAAGAAUUGACAAAGCUUUUAUCAAGAAAACCAACUUGUGAUAAAGAAAAAGAAGUUGCUAAAACUCUCCCAUUGGAUAGAUUUCUGAAUUGCCCAUCAAGCUUGGAGGUUGACAGAAGAAUCAGUAACACUGUCACCAGUGAUAUGGAUGAUAAUGAAGAAGAUAUUGAGAGGACAAUAAGCGUAAUUCUUGGUAGAUGCAAGGACAUUUGCGAGAAAAAUAAAAAGAAAGCAAUUAAGAAGAAAUCCAUCUCUUUCCUUCUCAGGAAAAUCUUUGUUUGCACAAGUGGCCUUGCACCACAACCAAGCUUGAGGGAUACCCUUCAAGAAUCAAGAAUGGAAAAGCUAUUGAGAACAUUGCUUCACAAGAAGAUAAACCAUCAAAAUUCAACCAGAGCAUCAUCAGUGAAGAAAUAUAUUGAGGAUGGUAAACAGAAAUCAAAGAAGGAAAAUGAAAAAGAAGAAGGAAAGAGGAAUAAGACUUGUGAUGGAAGCAAAUGGGUGAAGACAGAUUCUGAAUACAUUGUUCUAGAGAUUUAAAUUUGCCUGCAAGUUUAAAAAUUUACAAGGGUUUACAUUAAAAGAUUCAUGUCUGGAUUAAUGAAGAUCAAGAAACUUGAAGGUGGCUUCUUGAAAUUUUUUCAUGGUUGCAUCUGAGUAGAUUCAGUGCAAUACAUGUUAUAUUUAAAUCACUGCCCAAGGAUUUCUGUAGUCUGUCCUGGCAAAAGCUAGACAUCUUGUACAAUUUUUUUCUAUUUUAUCAACUUCUUUUUUAAGAAAAAACUUUUUUUUUAAGGUAAGUUUACCCUUCGUAGUAUAUUUUUAACAUGAAUAA